GCCAAGGCGGAGUGUGUGACCGGGAAAGCUGCCCUGCUGCCCCAGCCUGUCGGGGCAAGAGACGUAGCCGGGAGGGGAGCACUGCCUGGACAGGGCUCUGUCCGCACCUAGGGGAGCCUGUGCCAGGCCCUGGCAUGGUAAGGCAGCAGAUGCUGAUGUGGGCAGAGAGGUGGUGAUGUGCCUUGAGGGGCGACAGCUUUGUCGGACGUGGUGUCAUUGCACCUGCCCAAGGAUGGAGCCAGGAAACUUGUGACAGCACUGCAAUGCUGGCCCAAAGUCCACCUGGCCGGGCACCUCACUGCUUCACAGGUACCUGGGCAAGGCUAGAAUUGCUGCUACAGGGGAGGAAGAACACCUGUGUCCCCAAAAUCCCAGCCAGAGCAUCCCACCAGCAUGGCGAGCCCCCAUGCCGAAGAGCUGCCCACCAAGGGCAUAGAUGACCCAGACGCACACAUCUAUGAGGAGGUGACGCUCUGCGAGAGGAUGGAGCUCAGCCAGCGGCUGGCUGUGGAGGAGCUGAUCACCACUGAGGCCAGCUACGUGCACAACCUCCAGCUGUGCCUGUCGGACAUCCGGGCACACCUCCGGCAGAAGCAGCUGCCUGAUCUUGACCUGGAAGGACUCUUCUCCAACAUCGAUGACAUCCUUCACCUCUCCAGACGGUUCCUCAGGGGUCUUGAGGCCACAGCUGUGCAGGAGCACGAUCAGCUGCUGGGCAUCAGCACCCUGUUCCAGGAGUUCAAGGAGGAGAUGGAGACCGUCUACAAGGUCUACUGCGCCAGCUAUGAGCAUGCUCUCCUGCUGGUGGAGAGCUACCGCAAGGACCCCAGGCUGCAGGAGGAGAUCUUGGACACCCUGAAUGCAACUGUGCCUCACACAAGUGCCUCGGAUCUCAGCUUCUUCCUGGUGAUGCCGGUGCAGAGGAUCACCAAAUACCCGCUGCUGCUGGGCAAGAUCCUGGAGAACACCCCUGCCAGCACCAGCGCCCACCCGGCCAUCGCUGCAGCUGUCAGCGCCAUGGCCCAGGCCAACGCCAACAUCAACGAGUACAAGCGGCAGCGAGAAGUGGCGACCAAAUACAACAAGGCUGAGCACCUGACGCUGCGGGACCGCCUGGCUCGCCUCAACACCCACUCCAUCGCCAAGAAGACCACGCGGAUGAGCCGGCUCCUCAUGCACGAGGCCGGCUUUGUGAGCAAGACGGAGGACAAGGAAUAUGACAAUCUGGAGGAGAAGUUCCAGAGCGUGGCAUCCAGUGUGGUUGUGCUGAAGGAGAAUGUGGCAUCCUAUGUGGCACAUUUAGAGGUGUUCCUGGUGCCCACCCUGCACAAGCGAGAGCUGCAGAUGGAGGAGGGCCCAGCCCAGCAGUACCACCGCCUCGCAGAGCACCUCCACCAUGUUGUUUUCCCCGAGUUUAAGCGACGCUUGGACAGGCUGGUCUGGCAGCCCCUCUGCAGCCUCUCGGAGAUGCUGGUGGGGCCACAGCAGCUGGUCAAGAAGCGCCUGGACAAGCUGCUGGACUACGAGGAGAUCCAGGAGCGCAAGAGCGAGCUGGGCAGUGUGACGUAUGACGAGGAGGCCGCCAUGAACACCUACCUCGCCAUCAAUGCCCUGCUUGUGGCCGAGCUCCCGCAGUUCAACCAGGUGGCUGUGCAGCUCCUGGGGCAGGUGCUGGGAUCCCUCUGCAUCCUGCACCAGGACCUGGCUGCAGAGGUCCUGCACGAGGCAGAAAAGGAGCUGAAGCAGAUGCCCCAUGGCCACAUGCCUCUGCCCACUUUCUGGAGGCUGGUGGAGGACACUCUGCAGCAGGCUGGUGCCCAGCUCAGUACGUUCACCCAGGCGUUUGAAACAGUCACACCGAGCCCCAUGACACAGUCCCUGACCCCUGCUGAGGAGCGGAAGGUCCUUUCCCUCGUGAGCAAACACGGCCCAGACAAACUUUACCAAGUGACAAGCAACGUCAGCGGCAGUAAAGACUUGGACCUGACCUUGCAAAGGGGACAGAUUGUGGCUCUGCUGCAACGCGUUGACACCAAGGGCAACAUGAGCAGAUGGCUGGUGGAUGCUGGAGGUCCCCGAGGGUUUGUGCCUGCUGGCAAACUGCAGCCUUAUAGACCAGUGCAAAGCCAGCAGCCCGGGAUGCAGACGCCAACCCCAGCGAGUGUCCCAGACAGAAGGCGACAUUCGUACACAUCACCUGAGGCUCCCAGGCCCCAGGUGGCCACAUUCACCCCGGCUUUCCAGGUGGUCGCUGGUUUCUCCUUCACUGCCAGGAGUCCGCAGGAGGUCAGCCUGCAGGCGGGGCAGCCCGUAGUGGUGCUCGAGACACAUGACAAGAAGGGCAGCACGGAGUGGAGCCUGGUGGAGGUGAACGGCCAGAGGGGCUACGUGCCCUCCAGUUACCUGGUGACAGUCCCCAUGCAGGAGCCCAUGGGCUGGAGCUUGCCCGUGUGAGCACCGCCAGCCCAGCACCCCAGGGCACAGGCUUCAUGCUGCUCUCAGAUGAGAGCCAUCCGCUUGGCACCUGAGGAGCUCAUCACAGAGAUGCUGGAGGGGGGCGGCUGCACGGUCCCAGGCUGGGGAAGCAGCAGGAUAUGCCCCAGGGGACAUGGACACAGGCAUGGAGGUGGGGAGACAUAUUUUGUGCCUAUGGGCAUGAGGGCAGGAAGGCAGGAGUGUAGCAUGUCCCACAUGUGUUUGCUUACUGCUGGGAGACAUAGAGGGAAGGCUCCAGGAAGGAGUGCCAGCAGGUGGCUGCAGGUUUGCAGGAGUUUGUUAAAAUUUGUGUCAGUGGGAAAAGUGUUCCUAGGGGUGAUGAGAUGGAACUGUCCGUAGGUAGUUCAGGUCCAAGCUGCCAAUGCUGCAGUGCCACAGAGGGGCGAGGGGAGGUAGCUGGUGCUGCUUGUUUGCUCUCCCAGCCCCAAGGGGUGAGCUGGGCUCUGCAGUACCAGCUAUUCCUGGGCCGAACCUUUAUGGCUAUGGAACCUUACCUGCAGGCUCUGUCCCCGGGAGGUGCCCUUUGGACAUGGUGUGAGGCUGCGGAGCACCAACGUCUCUCACUUCUCCCAGAAUAUUUCCCAAACCCUUUGCACUCACUGCUGCCCCAAGCCUCGAGCCUCAGGGUCAGCAGAGGGCACAGGUCUCUUCCAGCCUAACCACAAGGAAAAAUAAAGGGCACAAGAGUGCCUUUAAAUAGCACGGCGAGGACACGCUCUCCUGGGAGGAAUGCUCUGGCCAGGUGGGCAGAACGUGCUUGUGACCAGGGACAGGGGGGUGUUGGGCAGGGACGGCUCCUGGCCAGGCGCCGGGGCCAAGGUUAGGCAUUGGAGCAAGGCUGUGCCUGUGGCAGACGCUCCUAGCCUGGGGUCUUGCCGUGCCCAGGGCUCUGCGGGGUGGCUGCUGCUGCCUGCAUCCUGCCCGCUGCCCUGCAAGGGGUUUGGUGCUGGCGCAGCGCUAGGGCUGAUUCACAUCCUAGACAUGGAGGCAUUU